CAGUUUCAGUUUCCAUUUCGGAUUUCUGCUGUCUGCGCUGAGCACAGUGGCACCAGGCUGAGCUAAGCAGGGCCGCCCUGGGCAGGCCUACCUGGUGGUGCAGAAUGGAGCUGCGGCCCUACCAGAGGGAGGUGAUCAUGCCUGCCCUGGAGGGCAAGAAUAUCAUCAUCUGGCUGCCCACGGGUGCUGGGAAGACCCGGGCGGCUGCUUUUGUGGCCAAGCGGCACCUAGAGACUGUGGAUGGAGCCAAGGUGGUUGUAUUGGUCAACAGGGUGCACCUGGUGACCCAGCAUGGUGAAGAGUUCAGGCGCAUGCUGGAUGGACGCUGGACCAUGACAACCCUGAGUGGGGACAUGGGGCCACGUGCUGGCUUUGGCCACCUGGCCCGGUGCCAUGACCUGCUCAUCUGCACAGCAGAGCUUCUGCAGACGGCACUGAGCAGCCCUGAGGAGGAGGAGCACGUGGAGCUCACUGCCUUCUCCCUGAUCGUGGUGGAUGAGUGCCACCACACACACAAGGACACCGUCUACAACGUCAUCAUGAGCCAGUACCUAGAACUUAAAUUCCAGAGGGCACAGCCGCUACCCCAGGUGCUGGGUCUCACAGCCUCCCCAGGCACUGGCGGGGCCUCCAAGCUCAAUGGGGCCAUCAACCACAUCCUGCAGCUCUGUGCCAACUUGGACACGUGGUGCAUCAUGUCACCCCAGAACUACUGCCCCCAGCUGCAGGAGCACAGCCAACAGCCUUGCAAACAGUACAACCUCUGCCACAGGCGCAGCCAGGAUCCGUUUGGGGACUUGCUGAAGAAGCUCAUGGACCAAAUCCACGACCACCUGGAGAUGCCUGAGUUGAGUCGGAACUUUGGGACGCAGAUGUAUGAGCAGCAGGUGGUGAAGUUGAGUGAGGCUGCGGCUUUGGCCGGGCUCCAGGAGCAACGGGUGUAUGCGCUUCACCUGAGGCGCUACAACGACGCGCUGCUCAUCCAUGACACCGUCCGCGCCGUGGAUGCCUUGGCUGCGCUGCAGGAUUUCUAUCACAGGGAGCACGUCACUAAAACCCAGAUCCUGUGUGCUGAGCGCCGGCUGCUGGCCCUGUUCGAUGACCACAAGAAUGUGCUGGCCCACUUGGCAACUCAUGGCCCGGAGAAUCCAAAACUGGAGAUGCUGGAAAAGAUCCUGCAAAGGCAGUUCAGGAGCUCUGACAGCCCUCGGGGUAUCAUCUUCACCCGCACCCGCCAGAGCACACACUCCCUCCUGCUCUGGCUCCAGCAGCAGCCGGGCCUGAAGGCCCUAGACAUUCGGGCCCAGCUACUGAUUGGGGCUGGGAACAGCAGCCAGAGCACCCACAUGACCCAGAGGGACCAGCAGGAAGUGAUCUGGAAGUUCCGAAAUGGAACUCUGAACCUUCUGGUGGCCACGAGUGUGGCGGAGGAGGGGCUGGACAUUCCACAUUGCAAUGUGGUGGUGCGUUAUGGGCUCCUGACCAAUGAAAUCUCCAUGGUCCAGGCCAGGGGCCGUGCCCGGGCCGAUCAGAGUGUGUACUCGUUUGUAGCAACUGAGGGUAGCCGGGAGCUGAAGCGGGAGCUGAUCAACGAGGCGCUGGAGACGCUGAUGGAGCAGGCAGUGGCUGCUGUGCAGAAAAUGGACCAGGCCGAGUACCAGGCCAAGAUCCGGGAUCUGCAGCAGGCAGCCCUGACCAAGCGGGCGGCCCAGGCAGCCCAGCGGGAGAAACAGCGGCGGCAGUUCCCAGUGGAGCACGUGCAGCUACUCUGCAUCAACUGCAUGGUGGCCGUGGGCCACGGCAGCGACCUGCGGAAGGUGGAGGGCACCCACCAUGUCAACGUGAACCCCACCUUCUCGAUCUACUAUAAUGUCUCCAGGGAUCCUGUGGUCAUCAACAAAGUCUUCAAGGACUGGAAGCCUGGGGGUGUCAUCAGCUGCAGGAACUGUGGGGAGGUCUGGGGUCUGCAGAUGAUCUACAAGUCAGUGAAGCUGCCAGCCCUCAAAGUCCGCAGCAUGCUCCUGGAGACCCCUCAGGGGCGGAUCCAGGCCAAAAAGUGGUCCCGCGUGCCCUUCUCCGUGCCUGACUUUGACUUCCUGCAGCAUUGUGCCCAGAACCUGUCGGACCUCUCCCUGGACUGACCACCUCAUUGCUGCAGUGCCCGGUUUGGGCUAUAGGGGGCGGGAGAGUCUGCAGCAGAGUCAAAGCCCCUCCUUCCUGAAUCAUCAGCUGUGGGCAUCAGGCCCACCAGCCACAGAGGAGUCUUGACCACCCUGGCUUAGGCUCCCGCAACGGGGAAACAACUGGAGGGCCAGAGCUCAGCCCAGACCUACCUUGUACACACAUAGACACUUUCAUAUGCACUGGAUGGAGUUAGAGAAACUGAGGCAAAAUAAUUUGCCAUACUGUACUCGGAAUCAUGACAUUCCUUCCCUACCAAGGCCACUUCUAUUUUUUGAGGCUCCUCAUAAAAAUAAAUGAAAAAAUGGGAUAGAAAA